AUGCCAAGACCAGUGAGACAAGAAGACUUGGACUUUGCUUCAUGCGAAAACGAUCGCUAUGAAAGCGAAAUCGUGAAAUGGAAAAAUCAACAGAAGCUGGAAGCCUUAGAGCAAGACGCGAUCGAAGUUCAGAAAAUCCUUUCCAACAUCAAAAAGGCAGCGGUCAAAAAGUUUGAAGAAGCCGAGAAAAAGCGUGCUGAAGAACUUCAAAAAUGGCGACAGUUGUACGAACGGAUAGAAAUGGACUACGAGAAAGAGCGAAUUCAAAGGCAACGUGAGUUCGAGUCUCAACAAGCAAAAUGGAAACAAAUGACCGAGGAUUAUGAACUGAUGGUUAAGAAAAAAGUGGAGGCGGAACAAGAACGCGUCAGAAAAGAUGAGGAGGCAAAAAAACAAGAUGCAAUUAAUAAGCAAAAGGCACUAGAACCUCAAAAAAUCACGCCAUUCCUUCUAUGCACAUGCAUCCAUAUCACCGGAGCGGAAUUAGUGCGUGUAUAUCAAAGCGAUGCUUUACGACUGCUAUCUGUCGUUCAUAAAGCAUAUGUGCUACAACCGCCUCCGGAAGUUCGGGCACUUUUGACCACUUCACCUUCAGCAAUGUCUCGGCUUAAAACCAUGUUGGAAGAAGCAAUAAAAAAUGGUG